CCCCAUCAGCACUGGGAUCCGGAGCUAUUGGGGUCACCGGUAGGCGACAACUUGUUGAAGCUGGGUCUGCCAUACGUCAUCCAAACCAUGAAAGACUCCUCCUCAGCAGAACUUGGCGGAGAUGACAAGGUCUGUCAUCCCUAACUCCCGUUCGCCUCAGCGACAAGGCCAACAGUGGACCCUCGAACGCGCCUCGCCUGGACAGUUCUACAUUAAGAGCCAUCUUAACACAUAUCUCAAUGUCGAUGGCCCUUGGAGGAAUUGCAUGCGUGUCAUUGCCUCCCCAAACAGACAAGCAUGGAAUAUACGGCUGCAUAGCGCUGCUUCGAACACGUUUAGGAUCUUCUAUCCAGGAACCAAUUCUGCGGUUGGCUUAGAUCGGAGAUACACUAAUCCUGGAUCGAUUCAUUUGUGGGGAUCGAACGGCUGGAACUCGGAGCAGUUAUGGACAUUCGGCCUGGCAUCCGAGUGGAACCGUUUCAGCUUCGACAACCGUCCCUACUUGAUUGUGAACCGUGAAGCGGGGACCGCAAUUGGACCCAGCGAUGAUCAAAAGUUGGUUCGCAUCCAGUGCAGCUCCGCCUACCGAGUUGACUCACAUUUUCAAAUUUGAAGAUCUGUCAUUGGGUUUCCAAUCACCCCCACGCGCUGAAUCUAGAGGUAUGACAAGUCUCUUGCGUUGUGAGGAAAUUCUCAUCAUAGGCGAUGCAUCGCUUUUUAUAGUGGAUGUUCGAGGCGACCGGGAGCCUUUAUUUUAUCAAGAGCAUGUCCACUCAUACGUACCUCGGCGUCGAAGGGGAUGCUAAGCAGGGCGCGAAAAUCAUUUGCUCAAACUUUCCAGGAGCAGGAGUUUGGACUGUGAAA